ACAUUUACGCUGCUGUUGUGUUGUUUUGCAGGUAAAGAAGAGCCCAGCAGCUACACGUGCACGACUUGUAAACAACCUUUCAACAGCGCCUGGUUCCUCUUGCAGCACGCACAGAACACGCACGGCUUACGGAUCUACCUAGAAAGCGAGCAUGGCAGCCCCCUGACACCACGGGUUGGUAUCCCAUCAGGACUAGGUGCAGAGUGCCCUUCCCAGCCACCUCUCCAUGGGAUUCACAUUGCAGACAAUAACCCUUUUAACCUGCUCAGAAUACCUGGCUCUGUCUCGAGAGAGGCGUCAGGGCUGGGAGAAGGGAGAUUCCCACCCACGCCGCCCCUCUUUAGCCCUCCCCCGAGGCACCAUUUGGAUCCGCAUCGCAUAGAGCGCCUGGGUGCCGAAGAAAUGGCUCUGGCCACCCAUCACCCUAGUGCCUUUGACAGGGUGCUGCGACUGAACCCCAUGGCGAUGGAGCCCCCUGCUAUGGAUUUCUCCCGGCGGCUGCGGGAGCUGGCCGGCAACACCUCCAGUCCGCCCCUGUCCCCGAGCCGGCCCAGCCCUAUGCAAAGGCUGCUGCAGCCCUUCCAGCCUGGCAGCAAACCCCCGUUCCUGGCCACACCACCUCUUCCUCCUCUGCAGUCCGCUCCUCCUCCCUCCCAGCCACCAAUGAAGUCCAAGUCCUGCGAGUUCUGUGGGAAGACCUUCAAGUUCCAGAGCAACUUGGUGGUCCACCGCAGGAGCCACACUGGGGAGAAACCCUACAAGUGCAACCUGUGCGACCACGCCUGCACUCAGGCCAGCAAACUGAAGCGCCACAUGAAGACACACAUGCACAAGUCAUCACCCAUGACAGUGAAGUCCGAUGAUGGGCUCUCCACUGCCAGCUCCCCUGAGCCCGGCACCAGCGACCUGGUUGGCAGUGCCAGUAGUGCCCUCAAGUCAGUGGUGGCCAAGUUCAAGAGUGAGAAUGACCCCAACAUGAUCCCUGAGAAUGGAGAUGAGGAGGAAGAGGAAGAGGAGGAGGAGGAGGAGGAAGAGGAGGAGGAAGAAGAGGAGGACUUGACCGAGAAUGAGAGGCCAGAUUAUGGCUUUGGGAUGAACCUGGAGGCGGCCCAUCACCACGAGAACAACUCGCGGGCUGGAGAGGAGAGCCGGUCGAUGCCAGAUGUCAUGCAAGGUAUGGUUCUCAGCUCCAUGCAGCACUUCAGUGAGGCCUUCCACCAGGUGCUGGGGGAGAAGCACAAACGGGGCCACCUCUCCGAGGCCGAGGUACACAGGGACACUUGCGAUGAAGACUCGGUGGCUGGUGAGUCCGACCGCAUUGACGACGGGGCGGUCAACGGCCGGGGCUGCUCUCCUGGGGAGUCUGCCUCAGGCGGCCUGUCCAAAAAGCUGCUGCUAGGUAGUCCCAGCUCCCUGAGCCCCUUCUCCAAACGCAUCAAGCUGGAGAAGGAGUUCGAUCUACCCACCGCCGCCAUGCCCAACACUGAAAAUGUUUACUCGCAGUGGCUGGCUGGCUAUGCUGCCUCACGGCAGCUGAAGGACCCCUUCCUCAGCUUCGGUGACUCCCGACAAUCGCCCUUCGCCUCCUCCUCUGAGCACUCAUCAGAGAAUGGCAGCCUGCGCUUCUCCACGCCGCCGGGAGAGCUGGAUGGUGGCAUCUCGGGCCGAAGCGGCACGGGAAGUGGAGGGAGCACCCCGCAUAUUAGUGGCCCGGGCCCUGGCAGGCCCAGCUCAAAAGAGGGCAGACGCAGCGACACUUGUGAGUACUGUGGGAAAGUCUUCAAGAACUGUAGUAAUCUCACUGUCCACAGACGGAGCCACACGGGCGAGCGGCCCUAUAAGUGUGAGCUUUGCAACUACGCCUGCGCCCAGAGUAGCAAGCUCACUCGGCACAUGAAAACACAUGGUCAGGUGGGAAAGGACGUUUACAAAUGCGAGAUUUGUAAGAUGCCUUUUAGCGUGUACAGUACCCUGGAGAAACACAUGAAAAAAUGGCACAGUGAUCGAGUCUUGAAUAAUGAGAUAAAAACUGAAUAGAGGUAUAUUAAUACUCCCUGUCCCUGCCCCGGCUCCCUGUAGAGGUUUUUUAGUCCCUUGUGAUUAAACUAAUGGAAGCUAAGGAAAUUUGGAAAGUGCUUGUCACCAGCACACCUGUUUAUUUUCUUUUUGUUCUCACCGUUUGAAUGCAUGAUCUGUAUCGGGGCAAUACUAUUGCAUUUUACGCAAACUUUGAGCCUUUCUCUUGUGCAAUAAUUUACAUGUUGUGUAUGUUUUUGUUUUUGUUUUAUUUUUUAUUUUGAAUUAGACAGCAUGUAUGGUAUGUUAUGGCUAUUUUUUAAAUUGUCCCUGAUUAGUUGCUGAGCAAACAUGUCGCUGUUUCCAGUUCCGUUUGGAAAAAAAAA